UUGAUUGUUCCUUCUUUUCUAUAACUCAUACGAAAAAUGAUAAGACAGUUGUUUUUGGCUAUAGCGAUUGGAUUUGCAUGCUCUGAGGCAUGCACUAUCAACUUUGGUCAAAUGAGAAAAAACGAACCAAUUUUCCUGUACAACACCAAUAACAAUAUUAACAGUUUCAUGAUUCCAAAUGGAAAUUCAAUGACAUUAUCAUCAGGAACUCAAUUUCUUAUCGACUGCGGUCAAGGUCGUAAAUUUAAUAUUCCUAAUCAAAAUAUUCAGCAAUUACAAGUUAGUUGUGAAAAUAAUGCGUUCAUGAUUGGGAACCAACUAGUUCAAAGUGUUGAUAACUUUGAGUGCAUGGAUGCCAGAAAUUCCCCAGUUGUUAGAAUACAGAAAACCCAAAGUAUCUGCGGCGACGAUGGAUUGAUCUACAAUGUUGGAUUCCAUGUACAAAAUGGAAAUUCUCAGAAUUUUAUUCAAGUCCUUCAAUCUUGUUUUGAUGAACAGUCUAAGUCUGUAUUUUAUGUCAAAAGCAACAUUUUCGGUCAAGUUGAUCGCUCAGGUUCUCCAGAUUUUUCGAUCAAUAAUGGAGUAUGGACCGACGGAAAAGUAGUUCCAUCAAAUUUUUUUGAAGUCAAAAGUGUCAAGUCUGCAUUUUCAACUAAACAAUUUCAUAGAGGACACUACGCACCUAAUGCUGAUUACCCAUUUGCUCAACACCGUCGUGCUACUUUCCAAUAUUUCAAUAUGGGUCCAAUGGAGGCAAGAUUUAAUGGAAAAGACUGGAGUCAAUUAGAGUCAUAUGUUCGUAAAUUGGUCAAGCAUCAUGGACAAACAGCAACUGUCUUUACUGGGGGAUUUGUCUACAAUAGUCAAUCAGCCUUAGCUUCCAAAAAUAGACCAAUUAACAUUUUGAACCAAAAUCCGCAAGGAAACAAAGUAAUGAUGCCUGGAAAUCAAGUUAAAACUAUUCUCGUUCCUGACUUGUUUUGGAAGAUUAUCAAUAUUGGCAAUCAGGGAGUCGCUAUAUUUAUGUUUAAUGACACAACUAUUACCCAACAGAAUUUCUGUCAAAAUUUGUGUCAAAAGUACUUUUGCUGUAAUGUCAAUGAAUUUAUUUCUGGUACUGAUGGAAUCAAAGGUAAUUUCAACUGGCCUCAUGAUGCUUAUGUUGGUCAGAACUUGGGAAUGAUUCCAGAAUAAACUUUUUACAUCAAAUGUACUCAAUCUUAUUAAAAAAAUUAAAAUUAUUUGACCAACAAUUCAUCAGUAUAAGCACUCACCAAUCAAUCUUAUUCCGUCGGUUAAUAUGUCAAACCAACAAGAAGUGCUUCCGUUUAAUACAAUUUAACAAAGCAGCCGUGACAAAAAUCAGAGUGACGACAAAAAAGACUCAUCUCGUUAUUUGUCACAGAGCUCUAUAAAUAUUUUUCCUAUCCAUAAUCUCAAAGAUUUUUAUUUCAUAUUUUUAUCCCUCCUCGUAUUUAAACAUUUCAUUUCCCCCUUUUAAAAUGUAUGUGCUGUGUAUACAUACAUGGGAAUAUAUAAUAUGUAUCUUUUCACUUAAGCAUAUGAAUAUAAGCAUUGAAAAUGAUCCAAAAUAUUUGCGACAAGUGACAUGGGACCCUAAUUCGUACAGUAGGAUAACGAAAUGGUGAUGAUGAUGAUGAUCGGUCAUAAAUUUUUACGAUGUGUAUUUUAUUUAACGCAAUUUUAAUUCAAUUAUCGGCUUUUUGCAAUAUAAUCAGAAUAAAGCACGAAUGUAAUAUAAAUAUGAGUACGACUUUAAUCUAAUUUAUAAUAAUACAUAUUUGAAACGCA